UAGGAGCGAGCAAGCCUGAGCAAGGAGUAUUUUAGACAGCUAACGGUAGCUCACUGUUUUCACUGUGUGGGACUAGCUAGCUACCCCACCACUGUCUGGUGGUAGCUAAGGUUAACUCUGUUAUGGCAUUCUGUCAGUGUAUAAAAUGUUAAGUGAUGCCAGGGUCGAAGAGGUGUCUUCAUCAAUGAAUCAAUCACGAGCUACUGUUUUGUCCUGCGAGUUGGAUCCACAUAGUCGAUUUUUUGGGUAGCUAGCUAGCCAGCUACCCGGCUAACAUUUAAUAAAGGUGGCUGGCUACUUGCAGCAAUUGAUUUUGGGUGGACUAGCGGGAUACCUGAGGACAAGAAAAUAAAGCUGAUUCAAGAGCCACUCUUCUCUUCAUUGAGCCCUCUGCUUCUUUGCCAUCUGGUCGUCAUAACUUGUGCAAAAUGGGAAACGCCGCAACCGCCAAAAGAGGCAACGAACUAGAAAGCGGCCUAGUAAACAGGUAUGACUCUUUACAAUGCAGUGUGUCAUAGAUGCAGCAUGUUUUAUUUACUCGCCUCCUGUGCUGGAAGCUAUGUGUGAACUCGCAUGACCUGAGGUAGCAAUACUUGAAGGGCAGGAGACGAAUUACUCUUCUACUUAAAAUGCCAGCACUCUCUUGACAGUGAUAACGUGUGUGUGUGUGUGUGCGUGUGUGUGUGUAAUGUGACACGUGUCACAUUACAAUUGUAAUGUGACACUUGUGUUUGUUUGGUGUUUUUGCAUUACUUUAACUGUUACCAUACUUCAUAAGUCAACAUUGCACAUGAUCUGUGUUGGCAUUUGCCAAAAUGGGCAAAUCUACCAUUUUCCCUUUUCACGGGUACAACUUUUGUCAAAAUUAUUAUUAUUAUUAAGUGUUAUCACAGUGGUGUAGUCUACGUAGAACUCAGGUAUACGGAGUAUACCCACAUCAAAAUUUCAGGGAUUUCAGUAUACCCACUUAAAAUUGAUUGGUCCAUUAUUUAGAAAAGCACAAAUGUAUACAGUAUACCCACUUCAAAAAAUGCUAAAAUAUACAGUUUACCCACCAUAAAAAAGUAGACUACACCACUGUGUUAACACAACAUGGAUACCACCACAAUGAUAUGCUUUGAAGUAAUAACAGGCAAUUGAGAUGCAUAUAAAGUGUUGACGUUUUUAACACGUUGAGUUGAUGGCAGGUUUUGUUGCAUGAAACUGUCCUCGGUUGAGCAAAUUAUUUAUUUAAUCUGGUGAUGCUCUAGUCACUGGCCUGAUAUAUUUGGAUUAAAUACACAGCCAAAUUAAUCUAGCCAUCUAGCGGGCAGACCCAUGUUGAUCCCUGGCUUAAUGGUUCAGUUAUAAUCACUUUCCAAAUGGUAAUAAAAUGUAACUGCACAGGUGGAGUUGCCAGCACAGUUUAGUGUCAAGUCAGAUCAAUUUGUUACAAUACAUGGAUGUAUUAUUAUUAUUAUUAUUAUUAUUAUUUCCACACAGAAUGAGCAUGUCAUCAAGGCUCAUUCUUCAGAUUAUUCUUCAGACCUAUGAACAGCUGCCUUGUGAGAGAGAGAGAGAGAGAGAGAUAGAGAGAGAGAGAUUUUAUUUUACUGCCUUGAUAUAGCCUUGUUCUUUUGGUUGUUGCAGUAACGUUUUAGUAUUUGCAUGUCUUCGUUUGUGCGUGUGCACUGCACGAUGUGCACGUGUGUAUAUUGCAAUAGUACUAUUGGGUUGGGAAACUUGUUGGCUUUCUGUGUUAAUCAGGCACCUAUUUUGCAUACAACUAAUGUCUGUGUAUCCAGUUCAGUGGAACGUUUCUUAACCCUCCCAAUGAAAAAAAAAUGAAAUUUGAAAAAGCAAAAAAAAGCUGCGCAAUCAUAGUCCGGAAGCACAACCAACCACCCGUGUGCAUGGUUUGAGUGUGAUCUGCGGAGUCUGGCAAACAGGCCUACAGUAGACUUAUACCAAAACAGGAAGUGCUUGUCUUGAAGAUAGUCAGCUUGCCACUAGUGCUCUGCUCACUGAGUGGAUGUGCUCCCAUGAAGAAGGUUAGUCUCCAUGGCUCAGGGAAAAGAUCAGGGGGGCUUUGCCCAGUCAAUGGGCACCAACACGGCUCUUCAGAAGUUAGACGUGUUAGCCAGUCGAUUUUUUAAGUACCGGAAGGGGGGCCAAGAGCAAAAAGCCCAAGAACAUGAAGGACAUACUCUUUCAGAGUACACCACGAUCUGGGAUAGAACAAUGAAAGAGUUCUUAGCCAAAGCCAAAGAAGACUUUUUAAGGAAAUGGGAAUGUCCACCUCAGAGCACAACACGACUUGAUGACUUCGACAGAUUGAAAACUCUUGGCACAGGCUCGUUCGGACGUGUGAUGUUGGUGAAGCACCGUGCAACAGACAAGUACUAUGCAAUGAAGAUCCUGGACAAACAGAAAGUGGUGAAGUUGAAACAGAUAGAGCACACCCUAAAUGAAAAGAAAAUACUUCAAGCUGUGUCCUUCCCAUUUCUUGUGAGGCUGGAGUAUGCUUUCAAGGACAACUCCAAUUUAUACAUGGUUAUGGAGUAUGUUCCCGGCGGAGAAAUGUUUUCACACUUGAGACGAAUUGGGAGAUUCAGCGAACACCAUGCCAGGUUUUAUGCAGCACAGAUAGUACUCACCUUCGAGUACCUCCACUCCUUAGACCUCAUCUACAGAGACCUGAAACCUGAGAACCUUCUUAUAGACCAACAAGGAUACAUUCAGGUCACAGACUUUGGCUUUGCCAAAAGAGUAAAAGGUAGAACAUGGACUCUGUGUGGAACUCCUGAGUACUUAGCCCCAGAAAUAAUCCUUAGCAAGGGCUACAAUAAAGCUGUGGAUUGGUGGGCACUGGGCGUUCUGAUCUACGAGAUGGCAGCGGGGUACCCACCCUUCUUUGCAGACCAGCCGAUUCAGAUUUACGAGAAAAUAGUCUCUGGCAAGGUACGAUUUCCAUCCCACUUCAGUUCAGACCUGAAGGACUUGCUUAGGAACCUGCUCCAGGUAGACCUAACAAAGCGCUUUGGGAACCUGAAAAAUGGAGUUAACGACAUCAAGAAUCACAAGUGGUUUUCAACAACUGACUGGAUUGCCAUCUACGAGAGGAAGGUGGAAGCGCCUAUCAUACCAAAGUGCCGGGGCCCAGGGGACACCAGUAACUUUGACGACUAUGAAGAGGAGGACAUUCGUAUCUCAGAUACUGAGAAGUGUGCUAAGGAAUUCCUUGAAUUUUAAUUAAUUUAAGAUUUGAGCAGGACUCCAUUGGAAAUUCGUACAGUUUGAGGUAUUUUGAGUUUGUCCUUAUUUUUUGUUUUUGUUUUGUUUUUUGUUUUAUGUUGUUUUUUUAUGUCAAGAAGAAGUUGAGAACAUCCUGUGUUCAAAUGUAUGCCUACUUCUUUUCUCCAUUCCAUAAGGCUGAAUGAGAUCCUUAAUGCCAAGAUCUUUGUGCGGAUUUUGCACAGCCUAAAACCCAGGCAUAAUGUGGGGAAGCUGACCUUGCUGCAACAAAAACCUUGUCUUUUUUUAUAGUUUUUUGUUUGUUUGUUUGUUUGUUUGUUUUUCUGUUCAUAGCCAUACUCUAGUAUAAGUAAUAUUAUCCACCUCCGCAAAGAAGAAAAUGAGUAUGUGAAAGAGUUCACACUGUAUCUAUGAACCACUCAGAUUAGAUGAUGCAACAAUGGCUUUCUGUUAACACUGUUUUCUUUUCUUUCUUUUUUUUCAUUCACAGAAUGGUGUUGCACAUUCAUUUUGGUCACUUGGUUUUUAACCUCACUUGCCUGUUACAUGUUUUCUACUAUUACAGCUAAAUGGCUUUUUUUCCUGUUUGCACUUGUUGUAGGACCAUCUUAUGUCGUCUUUGCUAUCAUUUUUGCACUUUACGUUUGUGUGUAUGUGUGUCGGUUUGCUGUUGCAGAAGUGUAAAUGACGAGAAGCAUCCAGAGUUAUACAGCAUCACAAUACAGUACUUGAGCCAUUCUUGAGUCAUAUGUUAAAGGGCAUUUCAGAGGUACGAUUUAUGAUUUAUGAGAUAAAAUAUAUUAUUUAAAAGCUAUAAUUAAUCAUGAUUUCCUUAACUUAUCCCAUUUUUAUCUAUUUUUAAGCUUAAAACAUUUUAUUUUGUUGAUUUUGUCAUUCUGUUACUACUUUGAGAAGGUUCAAUGCACAUUUGAAACAAUCACGAUGAGCUAAGGAAGACCAACACUGAGCAUAUGUACAAUACAGAAACAUUUGAGAUAAUAUAUUGUAUUAUUUUUUUCCCUCACUUCAAAGCGCUGUGUCUUUGUCUGUGGUGUGAGUAUAAAAAAAAAUACCAUGUGUAGAUAAUGACCAAAAGUGAACAGUAAUAGUAAUACACUUGAAUGAAGAACACAGUCACAGACUGCUUGUUUGAUUUUAGCCAUGUCCUGAUGUUUUUGCUUCUUCAAGCACUGUACAGAAACAUACACCUCUACAUCACAAACGUCCUCCUGCCCCUUCUUCAGACCAGAACCGUGUCAGUGAGUUUGAUCCCUUUCAUCCCCAUGUGUUUCCACCUGACAUCCAUAGUGGCAUUGUUCAGAGCAGGCAUAGUCAUCAUUAGCCAUCUCUCCCUGAAAUGCAAAAGUGACGUUUAUUUUGACAGGAAUGUCAAGACAUCACAAAUUUCAUCUUUUUUUCUCCAAAGAUGUUUGGGGGCCUGCUAAAAUAUGUAUGUUCAAUAUGUGGUAGAGCAGAUAAUGCUAAGGCACAUGCACACCUGCCCUGUUCAUUUUUUCCCUGAUGUGACAUUUUGUAUACGUAAAGGAAAUUGAGGGCAAGAUGCCUCACGGGGAGUUUCAUUCUGUUGGUGUUCAUUCAUAUUUUUUGUAUUUAAAAAAAAUGUUUAUUCAUAUCGGGUCAAUGUACAUUUUUGCCGUUUCAGUGUAUUUAUUUUCACCACCAUGAAGUCAUUGAACUUGCACCAUUCAAAGAUCAGUUCGUUCAGAAAUGCAAUGUUUCAAUGUCAUUUACAAUGCCGACAGUCCAUUCCUUUUUUUUUCCAAUAAUUGAGGGGGGAGCCUUCCUGCAAAUGUAUUUAAUUUUACAAAAUGGUCUGUUUGAGACCACCAUUCAGUAGUCAUAGAUUGUAACCCUGCAGUGUCCUAGUGAGUGAGUGAAUGAGUGGGUGCAUCCUGAGAUGUCUGAGGUACUGUGUGUGGUCCAGGGGUGAUUCUAGACCAAAAUUACCAGGGGGGCCAAGGUGGGGCUAUUAUUUUUUCAGGGGGCACAUAAAUUGGCAAAAGAGAUACAUUUUUCAUGUUAUGAAUAUAAUAAAUACAAAAAUGUAUAUCAUGCCACGGUCAUUGGCUGUCCAGCACAGGGGCCACAACAGGAGCCAGGAUAAAAUCUACAGGGGCCCUGGCCCACCCUGUUCCCUGUCUAGAAUCGCCCAUGGUGUGGUGGUCAUUGAAGAAGUGGGGUGUGUCAGCAGGCAUGUUAUAAUGACGAAGAAGGCCUUGCCCAGGCCACUGAAAGGUUGCAAUGGGAUUGUAAACUGACACAAAAAGGGGGAGGGAUAUGGCUGGUUUAAAUUGAAGUCCAG